AUGGUUAUUGGCAACAUCUAUGUCAUUGCGGCCGUCGCCGUGACGGGCGGUGGCCUCUUCGGCUUCGACAUUUCGUCCUUGUCUGCGCAGCUCGGCGAGCAGGCGUACAAAUGCUACUUCAACCAAGGGCCACACGGGCCUCCGUUUGACACCGAGCCAUGUAGCGGUCCUCGAGAACUGGUCCAGGGCGGCAUCACUGCGUCCAUGUCUGCAGGGUCAUGGCUUGGAGCUCUGAUUUCCGGCCCGCUGUCCGACCGUCUCGGCCGAAAGUACUCCAUCAUGGUGGGAUGCAUCAUCUGGCUCAUCGGAUCAACCAUCAUCUGUGCAUCGCAAAACAUCGGAAUGCUCAUCGCUGGCCGUAUCAUCAACGGUCUCUGCGUUGGCAUCGAAUCCGCUCAGGUCCCAGUCUAUAUCGCCGAGAUUUCCCCUCCGUCGAAGCGCGGUCGCUUUAUCGGAAUGCAGCAGUGGGCCAUUACAUGGGGCAUCCUCAUCAUGUACUACAUCUCCUACGGCACCUCCUUCAUCGGCGAGCAGACCCCCACCGGCUGGAAGGAGGCGGCGUGGCGCGUCCCCUGGGGCAUCCAGAUGAUCCCCGCCAUCUUCCUCUUCUUCAUGAUGAUGCUGCUCCCCGAAUCGCCUCGCUGGCUGGCUCGGCAAGAUCGAUGGGAGGACUGCCGCGACGUCUUGGCCCUCGUGCACGCCAAGGGCGACCGCGAUCACCCCUUUGUUGCGUUCGAGAUGCAGGACAUCAAGGAUAUGUGCGAGUUUGAGAGACGGCACUCCAACGUCACAUACUUUGACUUGUUCAAGCCUGAGAUGAUCCACCGGACCCUUAUUGGCCUCUUCACGCAGAUUUGGUCGCAGUUGUCCGGCAUGAACGUCAUGAUGUAUUAUGUGACGAACGUGUUCAGCAUGGCCGGCUAUACCGGUAACGCCGGCCUCCUGUCCUCGUCUAUCCAGUAUGUCAUCAACGUGUUCAUGACUAUUCCGGCGCUCCUUUACGUCGAUCGAUGGGGCCGCCGCCCAACCCUGCUAGUCGGAUCCGUCCUCAUGGCUACCUGGAUGUACGCCAACGCAGGCAUCCUGGCAGCCCACGGCGAGGUUAUUCCCGGCGGAAUCGACAACGUCGCGGCCCAGUCCAUGAAGGUGACGGGAGCAGCUGCCAAGGGGCUCAUCGCCUGCACGUACCUCUUCGUCGCCUCCUUCGCGCCAACCUGGGGCCCGGUGUCGUGGAUCUAUCCUCCCGAGCUAUUCCCCCUGCGCCUCCGCGGCAAGGGUGUCGCCCUGGCUACGUCUGGAAACUGGGCCUUUAACGCCGCUCUUGGUCUCUUCACGCCAGUCGCCCUGGCAAACAUCAAGUGGAGGACGUACAUCAUCUUCGGCGUCUUCAACACGGCGGCCUUCUUCCACGUGCUCUUCCUGUUCCCCGAGACGGCCGGCAAGACCCUCGAGGAGACGGAGCACAUGUUUGAGGACCCCAACGGCAUCCGCUACCUGGGCACGCCGGCCUGGAAGACGCGCAAGAGCACGAAGGAGGUCAACCGCGCGGAGCAUGGCGAUAUCGAGGCCAAGCUCGGGGUUGAGGACGAGAAGCCCCGCGUUGCUACCGAGUAA